UCGGUUAGAGAGUCGGAAGCAUCUAGAUGCCACGGCCUUCUUCUAUCCGCACCCUAGCUAUAAAUACUCGAGUGAAUCAUUUGCAGUUUCCGUAUCCAAUCGCCAAGUGCAGAUAAACGAUUGCUUUUAAAGGAUUAUCUUUACAGUUAGGAACCGCGAAAAUCAAUCAAAAUGAGCCGACAUCCUACCUUGAAGUGGGCCCAGAGGGCUGAUGUGCUCUUCAUCACCAUUGAUCUACCUGAUGCCAAAAAUGUGAAGCUUAAGUUGGAGCCUGAGGGUAAAUUCUACUUCUCUGCAACUGCUGGAGCUGAGAAUUUACCUUAUGAAAUUGACAUCAACCUUCACGACAAGGUGGACGUGGAUAAAAGCAAGGCAAGCGUUGGACCACGAACUAUUGUUUACCUUAUAAAGAAGGAAGAAAGCAAAUGGUGGAACAGGCUUUUGAAGGAAGAGGGAAAAACUCCAAUGUUUGUGAAAUGUGAUUGGGACAAAUGGCUAGAUGAAGAUGAACAGGAGGAAAAGGUUGGAGGUGAUAUGGACUUUGGUGACAUUGAUUUCUCCAAACUUAACAUGGGAGGUGGUGGAGAGUUUGAUGAAGAUGAUAGCGACACAGAAGAAGAAAUCAACAAGGAAGAAGAAGAAGCAAUUGAGAAGAAGAUGGAAACUGCAACUGCACUACCUGUUAGCAAUGGAGUUGAGGCAACAGCUUGAGCUAUUAUCAUAUGAUUUGGUUAGCAUUUUAAUCCAACUGUUUUGGUUUAAAUUUGAUGGAUUACUUCUAGUAGCCUUUAUUCACUCUAUCUAGCAAAUUACCUUGAAACAUAAAUGAAGAUUGUACAAUCUUUUACUACUUGCAAUGAUGAAAAAAAAAUCCAAACAAA